AUGAGAAAUCAGUUCUACCCUCAAAGCCUGCAACUUCUUAUGAAAUCGGAGUUCAUCCAUCUCAAGCAAAGGAGUAUGUCUGUGUUAGAGUAUGCUGUGAAAUUCAAUGAGCUUGCUCGAUUUGCUCUUGACUUAGUGUCGACGGAUCGACAAAGGAUGAACCGCUUUGAAGAAGGCCUUAAUCUUGACCUUCAGGAGAAACUUGCAGCACACAUGAGUACAUCCUUCCAUGAGCUCUAUGAUAGGGCUAUCAAUGUUGAAAGAAAAAGCAAGCUUCGGAAAGAGAUCUUUGAGAAUGGGAAAAUAAAGAAGAAUGUUCAAAACCAACCCAACAAUGGGUUAUUCAAGAGGCAAGAAACUGGAAAUCGUGGUGGAAAUUUCGGAAACCAGAAUCAAAUUCGAAAAUGCUCUAAGUGUGGAAAGUGGAACCACACUGAGAAGGAAUGUCGAGCUGGUACAAGAGAAUGCUACAAGUGUGGUAGUAAAGAUCACAUGGUCCAAGAUUGCCCUCAAUGGCAUCAAGGACAAGCCAAUGGGAGAAAUGAACCAGCUGGUCAAAACCGUGGAAAUGGUGGCACUACAAACCGUAACCCUCUCUAUGGACCUCCCCAAGCUGCACGAGUAUUCAUGAUGCAACGAGAAGAAGCAAAAGCUGAUGAUACCGUCAUAACUGGUACUUUUCCUGUCAAUUUUAUACCUGCUUAUGUUCUUUUUUACUCUAGAGCUUCACAUUCAUUUGUCUCCGCAUCAUUUGCUAAAAGUUUGAAAGUCAAACCAUGUUCCCAAUUCUCUGUUAUGUCUGUUGCUCUCCCAAACAGUCAAUCAAUUUCAUGCGAUGUCCUAUAUAAGAAUUGUUCUAUCCUCAUCAACGAAUGUGAAUUUCUUGUUGACCUAGUCCAGUUUGAGUUAACCGACUUUGAUGUUAUAUUAGGUAUGAACUGGUUAUCCAAACAAAAAGCCGAGAUAGAUUAUCUUAGCCACGAAAUAACCCUUAGGAAACCAGACGGAAGUAAGGUAUCUUUUCGAAGAAUAAACAAACCCAAAAUCGUCUCAACCUUAAAAGCCUUCAAACUUCUCAUGACUGGUUGCCAGGGAUACCUUUGCAACAUGGUAGACCUAAUGUAA